UCCUUCUUCAGCUAUAACAAAAGCUAUGAAGUUUCCAAAAUCAUUCUGCAUCCUCUCCCUUUUCCUAAUAUCUCACUUUUUCACUACCGGAAAUGAGGUAGCACAAGCAUGCACAUUUACUAUAAGCAAUCGAUGUCCUUUUCCGAUAUGGCCUGCAACAGCUGCAAACCAAGGCCAUCCGGUUAUAGCCAAAGGCGGCUUCUGUCUUCCAUCAGGCCAAAUAAAAAAAUUCCAAGUCCCCGGGGACUGGACAGGGCGCGUAUGGGCAAGAACUGGCUGCAAUUUUGCCAAUAAAAACUGGAAAACAGGUUGCCAAACAGGCGACUGCGACGGGAAACUAGAGUGCAUGGGAAGCACAGGCCUCCCCCCAGCCACGCUUGUUCAAAUUGCACUCCAGGCAGACAAAUCAAAACCAAGUUAUUACGACGUUAGUGUAGUUGAUGGAUACAAUCUCCCUGUUUCUGUCAUGACAAAGCCUUAUUCGUCGAAAUGUAAAAUUGGAGGGUGCGUUAAAAACAUGAAUAACAUUUGUCCCGAGGAGCUUCAAGUGUUGAACGAAGAGAAGGAAGUUGUGGCGUGCAAAAGUGCUUGUUUGGCUUACAAUGUGGACAAGUUUUGUUGUAGGAAUGCGUAUGGGAGUCCAGAGAAGUGCAGGCCAAGCGUGUACUCACGUAUGUUUAAAGAGGCUUGCCCCUGGUAUUACAGCUAUGCGUAUGAUACACCAGCACCGCUUGAUAACGCCAAACUCCGAUCCCGGUCCUUCCUCCGCCAAACUCCGAUCCCGGUCCUUCCUCCGCCGUGGCUGGUGGUUCCGUGGUGCAGCUGCUGGAUGGGUGCCUACAAAACAACGCCGGCGGGGGGGUUUUGCCCCAAAGCGCCUCCGGCGUGAGAGUAAGCGUGGGUUUCGGAAGGAUAAAGAUUAGAGAAAGUGCUAUCUAUGUGUGGUGGGUGAAGGUGUAUGGCUGGUGGUUGCUGGUGGCUGAGAGUGUUUGAGUAUAUGCUGAGUGUAAGUGUGUGUAGAAUGAGUGUAAAGAGAGUGGAGUUAACCCUUAAACUCUUGAUCCUUGGUCUAUUUAUAGGCCAAGGAUUAGGGUUUAAGGGUGUGUACCUGGAUCCUGGUCCUACACGUGUAGAGGUUUGAUCCCCUACACGUGUCCAGGUGUCAGCGUGGAAGUAGUAUUUUGGAAUGUUCCCUGGCUUGUCCCUAUCGCCAGUAGUUGA